CAAUCUCCGGCCACACCAAGCAACCAGUUACGAUAAUUGAUUGUAUUUUAUGUACAGUUUCCAUAGGGCAUCGAGUUAGAAGAGUCAAAACUAUAUUAUGUGUUGCAUGUUUCCUCUAUAUUCCCGCCUCGUAAAGGUUACAAGUCACGUGAGUGUAAACUGUAAACAAAGCACAUUUCCCGGUACGUGUUUUUUUAUUUAUUGCAAAAAAUAAUCAACAACUAAUUUCUAGAGUUACAAAAGAAGGUUGAAAUCAAAUCAAAUAUUUAUGCAUGUUUAAAAACUGAUGAACGGUUGAAUGUCGUGCUUUUUUAAUCAUUGACAUUAUUUAUUGAAGAAAAUAAUACAGAAUGGACAGAAGAAAGAUAAAAGGACGUCAUGGACUUCACAAAAUACAAACCGCGCCAGGAACAUCAGACGAAGCAGAGUCUGAGGAUAUUUUUUCUAGCAAUUAUCAAGCAGACAGAAUGUCUCAGAGAGCAUCAAAUACAGAAUUAUUAAGGAAACAAACAAAUAUAUCAUCGCCAUCCACAUCUGAUAAUAACGAUGAUAUUGAUAAUCAAAACAAUGAUAAAUUAAGUCAAUCACCUGUUGCUCAGUCCACUCAAAAUCGAGCAGCUGAUUCUCCCAUUAAAGCACGAAAACGAAUUAUUUCUGAAUCAUCAUCGCAAUCUACUCAAUUUUCAACUCCCGUUAAAAGACGACAUUUAGAUGAACCAUCAACAAGUAAAGUUAGAAAAUCAACUAGUCCACCUGGACGAUCCCCUGCAACAACAAAUAUAAUAAAAAAAGACAUAAAAAUACGACCUCAACGCCAAGCAGUUAUUCAAAAUAAUGUACAGAGUACUGUUGAAUUAGUCAAUCUCUUUACUCAGGUUGGAAUUACACUAGAUGAAAAUGAUUCUCAAUAUCUGAUAGCAAAUGAUCCAUUGAUUGUUGCAAAAAAAAUUCAGCAAUUUCUAACUUCCGGUGAUUUUCAAAAACAAAUGAUAAUUGAACAAUGGAAUAAUUAUAUACAAGACGAAGACCAGUUGAAUAAACUAUUGAGUCCAACAAUAUUGAAUUCUAGUGAAGGCAGACAAAUAGGCUCUUUUAAUAGUAUAUCUGUUGUUAAAAUAAUGCUGCAAGUGCCUUGCAUUCAAACGGAAAUAUUAGGUAGUCUACUGAAUAAGUUGAAUGAAACUGUUGUUGCAGCUGAUUCAAUGGAAAAUGUACCAUGGACUUAUCAAUUACUCCAACAACUACGAUUUUUAGAGACUAUUUAUGAUCCCGAUGUAUUGACUAUAAAGUUUGAAGAAUUAUUAGAGACAUGUCCAAUGUGGUUUCAGCGAGAAUUAAUUGCAUUUAUUCCAGACAUUGCGAUAGACACUCAGCAUCAAAAUAUAGCUGAAAUACUGGUACGGCUCAUGGAAGUUCAUAAAGAUCUGACAAUGGUUAUUCUUACUUGCAUUACAAAUUUAUCUCUUGGCAAAGAAUACUUAGAAGAGUUACGAGAGAAGAUGUUGAGAAUAUUACAAGACAACUGUCAUAUCACCAAAAUUCCAGUGAUAGUUAAAUUUUGUUUGGAAGACUGUUCCUCAGCUGAGAUUUAUCAGAAUGUUUUACGAGUAAUUAGAAAUUUAGAUCUUGAGCCACUGAGUGGUGAAAAUCCUGAAGAAUAUUACUCAAGUCAAGUAAUGAUUGUAAAUACUUUGAAAACAAUGCUAGUUUUAUCGAAAGAUUUAGCAAAAGCUGCAAUAAUGAUUCUAGAAUUAACUGAUAAUGUUCCCAAGCCAUUUGAUUUGAUUAUCUUAUUAUUAUUACAUGAAGGAGUGGCAAAGAAAAAAAAAACAGAUGCUAUUCUUAAACAACACGUAAAAAGUGGAUUUUAUCGGAUAAGUUUACUCAAUGACUUUUACUCGAAUUACAGAGAAAUUGCUAAAGAUUUACAUUCAGCUGCAUUGAGUAUGGCAAGCAAUUUAUUAAAAUCAGAAAAUCGAGUUCUUACAGAUUUUACAACUGGGUGGUUUCGACUACAAUUUCUGAUUAAUGGCGAGUUGGUUCACAAACAAAGGGAAAUUGUUGAGAAAUUAAUUGCAUUAAUGGGAAAUAAUGACCAAACUGCGAAAAGUUCUCUCAUAAUUCUUUGUAAAAUGACUGAAAAGAAGGAAGAAAGACGAUAUUUACAAACUCAUUGCAAUUAUUUGCGGAUUUUGUUAGAGAAAAUGGAGAAAUUCGGUUUAAAAGAGGUGACAAUGCUUAAUGAUUUACUUCAUGCUUUAUGCGCUACCUCACAUUCAGCCUCUGACACUCUGAAAGAUGAUUUAUUUAUUUUACUUCAAAAGCAAUUAUUUUGUAAUGAUAGCGUUAUGAAAUCUAAAGGUGUGGCGGGUGCAGUUAUGGCUAUUAAACAUUUAGCAACAAGUUCAAAGUAUUGUGAAACGGCUCUAAAUCUUUUUAAUAAAGUAUACAGUGGUACUAAAAAUUGUCCAAGGUCAAGAGGAUUUUUUUACGAUACUUUGAGUCAAAUAAUUGCUGAUACUGAUAGUAUCAACGAUGAGUUUUUAAAUAAAAUUACACAAGUCAUUGAAAAUGAAUUCAUAGAAGUAUAUAUGGUUAGUACGAAUGACUACAGUGGUGACCUUACGCCUUCUUUUGAAUUAAAUCAUUUCAAAAAUGAAUCACAAUCAUGUGUCGUGAAUUUUAGCCAACCUAAAUAUGGCGGAAUAAUUGUAGCUUUACUGAAAUUGAUGAAAGUUUGUUUAUCAAGAAUACAUUCUGGAGAUUUAACUACAAUUAAUGCCCUUCUAGGAAGUGGAAUAUUAAUGCCAAAAGAUUUAGAUAUGCCAAAUACUCAAACUCUAGAUUUAAUGUUUCAUUGUAUCAAUUGGUAUCGAGAAUUAAUCAACACUUUUGUGACUCAGAGAGAUCCCUUAUUAAGAAAACAAGUGUCUAAACGAUUAGAAAACACAAUGUAUCUACAAGGAGAAUUGUCCAAUUUAUUAUCACUUGCUGAAAAUCGUUAUCAACCACCUGUGUGCUAUUUUGAUUCUUUUUCGUCUGUAUCGUUCAAUAAAAUUGAAAAGAAAAGUACGAAAAAAGGUAAAAAAUCAAAAGAUACUGAAGAAAAAACUGAAAAGAGUAUUAACGUCCCAGAAUGGGAAUCUUGGGAAAAAGGUUCGUUGCUGAGCACAAAGAACCCACUUUAUUUUCGACGAUUAGAUGCAGAUAUACUUGAUUUACUUGACAAUAAUGAAGAUCCAGAGUCCACAGAAAACUUUAAUGCAACGGAAAACAUUCCUACAGGACAAGUUUGCUUUAUUAUUAAAGAAUUGUUAGCAGUAUUUGAUGGUGAAUCUGUUAAUUAUAUAUUUAUGAAAGACUUGAUGCAAAAAUUACCAAAAAUUUGUGCCAAGCUACAAAAUAUUGUUAGAAAACUUAAAGAAAAUGAAGAUCAACAACAUAAAUACGCGUUAAGGCUUAUUCUUAGUCUCAUAACUACAAUAUUCCAAUGGAAAGGAUUUGAUCAUCCAGCUCAUAAUGUAUUAUUAAGAGAUGGAUUACGGAUCUUAGCUAGUCAGGUUGAUGAAUCAAAUAGAGGACUUCGAUCGUGUAAAGAUUUAGUAAGUGAAUCUUACAGAUUUUUCGAAUCUCUUGCAGAAGUCGCAACUCAAAUACAAUUAGCCGCUUCUUUAGUAGAGACUUGUAAAGUGUUGAUGAAGCAUUCAGAGACUUUCACUCGACAGAAUAAAAGUAAACAAGCGAAUAUGGCCUUCGGAUUCUUGAGCUUAAAAUGGCCAUUAGAUCGUAAUGUAGGACCUUUGUUCAAGUCAUCAGUGACAAGCCUUUUACAAAAUUGGAUGGAUCAUGAGCCUCAUCCUUUAGAAACAGUUACCUCAAUUCUAGAAUGGUUACCAGAGGAAGUAAAAACAUUAGAAACAUCUCAAGACUAUAUAUCAAAGUUACCUCCAAUAAAUAAAUUAAACUUUCAUUAUCUUUAUGCCAAAAUAUUUGAUGGUCUCAUUAAAGGCAUUAAAAUUUCAUUCCAAUCAGCAAGGCCAAGUUUAGCUAAAGUUCAAUUAUGGCGAGAAGUUGCUGAAAAUUUACAGCAAUUAGUGUUUAUUUGCAAAUCAAUGACCAGAAAAAGGAGUAUACUGCUAGUUUAUGUACGAAAAAUGCCUGGAUUACUGAAAUUAUUUCUCAUUCAUGCAAUGCCGGUAUUAGAACAGAGUUUAAGACAUCAACCUGAUGAGAUAACGAAAAUUCUUAAAUUGAUGCAAGCAGCAACGAGAUACCUUAAUGUUAUUUGUGUUGAUAGUACUGAGAAAAAAGAUAUUGCUUUAACUAGAUACGUACCUGCUGCAAAAAGUAUUUUAGAACAAUUAAUAUACAGAGUAAAAGGAAUGCUCGUAUUAAAUAAUAGCUCAACAGCUUUCUGGAUGGGUAAUCUUGUUAAUAAAAAUUUAGAAGGACAAGAAAUUUGCUCCCAGGCAUCAACUUCUACUGAUGAGCCAACUAUGCAGGAUGUGAAUAAUUCAAAUGAAAAUGCUAGUGGAGAUGAAAUCUUAUCUGACGUACUAGACGAUGAUAAUGAUUCUAACAAUGAUGAUGAUAUCUCUAUAGAUGAAAGUUAAAUACCUCAAUUAAAAAAGAAAAAAAAACUUAAAAAUUAGGAUUAGUAAUUACAAACAACAAUUUAUUAUUGUAUUUCUUUUCAAAUAUUUUUUCUUAUUAUAUUUUUUUACCUAUCGUGAAAAAUAUUUCGUUCUAGUAUAUUUACUCAAUUAAAAAAAUUUAAAAAAAGUAAAAAAAAUGGCUAUUCAAUCAAUCAGUUAAUCGUUGAUUCAUUUUCUUUCCAAGCUGUAAAAUCAACAGAUGGAAUAUCUUCACACAAUGUGAUAAGAUUCGUUGAAUCAACUGAUCGCAUAACUUGAGGUUGAAUAUAAUCGAUAUUAUCGGAACAGUCACAGAUGAUUCUAGCUAGUGAUGUUUUUCUUAGCUGAAGAAGUUGUUCUAAAAAUAAAAAAGAUGUAAUAAAUUUUCUUAAUAAAGGUAUUUUUAAUUAAA